ACUAUGUAAUCGGGAUAAAUAAGAAGAAGUGUCUAAUAUAGAGGUUGCAAGUGAUAGAUUUUAAAGAAAUUUUUAAUAAUAUAAAUAAUUUUUUCACCACGAUUAGUUAACAAUGGGAGUGCUCAGUACUUUAAGAAUCUUGAAUCGACUAUCAAAGUUAACGUUUAAAAAUGAAGGAUCGAAAAGGUUGAUGUCUGAUCAUAAAGUCUUCCCAUUACAACCCUCUCGAUGGCAAUGGAUAAAAUUCAAGGAUUAUUUCCAUUACUAUGUAAUGUUAGGAGUAAUACCUUGCACCCUAGUUGUUACAUGGGCAAAUAUAUUUAUCGGACCUUCAACUUUAUCUGAAAUUCCCGAAGGAUAUACCCCGAAAUUCUACGAGUACCAGAGGAGUCCCAUAACUAGAUUUUUUGCCAAGUAUAUUUGCAGAGACCCCCAGCAGGAAUACGAGAAAUAUUUAGCGUUUGUUUUUAUGGAAGACGAAAAGAUGAAAAUAAGGGCUCUCGAAGCGAAAAUUAAGCAGAAAAUGGCUGAAAGAAAUGAUUACCAAGCAUAUUAUUAUCGCCCUAUUGCUGCUAAAUAUCAUAGAAUAACAAGAGAAGCUGCAGAUUAUUUGGAAACUAUCAGAGGAGAAUAAAAAGAUCCUUAUAGCUUUUGAUUUGUUAUUAGCGAUGCAUAGUUAAUAAAUUUUUAAUUAUU